AUGGGAACAGCUGUUGAAGAAGUGGCUAAAGAAAGUUGUCGUAAAUGGGCUGAAGUUGAACGUAAAAUGACGAUUGAAAAUUCAGAUAGGAUUCAACAGUCAUUAUAUGUGAAGAAUCCUUUAACUUAUGACCAUAAAGUUAUUAAACGAGGUUUUCAGAGCCCUGAUUUAUAUAAAGAUUUAAAACAUAUAUUCGGGAAAUUAGCAGAUAACGCGGAUCGACGGCUUCUGGAGAUUUUCGGUUUGCCUGUGCUUGGUGAGAAAAAUCUCGGAGCAAGAUACCUUCAAGAAGCUGCAACGAAAAGACUUUUAUCUCCUGGCUUUCACACGACUAAAUACGUGGACAGAAAAGAAAAAGAAGCAAAAAGACGAUAUUUAAGAACAAAACGUCCAGAGUUUCAAAAAAGGCGUUUGUUUUUAAAAGAACAGCGUACUAAUCUGCGCAAGAAGAAAGAAGAUAUGGAAGGUAUCCAGUAUGAAUCUAAUAUGGGAUUAUUUUCAACAAAUGUUGCUCACGACUCUAUUCUUAUAACAGAGGGUAUAAAUGAAGAGAUCAAUGAAGCUGAUGAUAAUGGAACACAAGUUUCAGAACCUAUUGCAGUAUUUUUUGAUUUGGAAACAUCAAGCUUUUCAAAACAAUCUGAUAUUCUUCAAAUUGCGGCUCAAUACAAUAAAUCCAAAUUUUCAGAUUAUGUCAACCCUACUCAAAAAAUUGCUGCACAAGCAUCUGAGGCAAAUGGUUUAACAAAUGUUAGAGGUGAAUUGAUGCUCAAUGGUACUAGAGUACCAUCAAUUCCACUGAGAUUAGCUUUGGAUGCUUUUCGUAACUUUCUGACGAAACUGAAGCAUCCGGUGGUUUUAGUUGCUCACAACUGCAAAUUUGAUGCUCCUAUUCUUAUUAAUUCUGUUAAAAAAAUGACUAUGACGGAUGACUUUGGGUCUGUGGUUGUAGGUUUUGCAGAUACACUGCCUCUUAUUGAAUCAGUAACAAAUCGUAAAGGAAAAGGAGAGUGUACUCUAACAGGUCUGGCUUCAUGGCUACAAAUUUCUGCGGAUGGUGCGCAUAAUGCUGUAUACGAUGUUUUAAUGCUGGUGCAAAUUAUUGAGAAUCUUCAAAUCACAACAAAGCAAUUAAUGGAUCGCAGUAUAACUUGGAGUGAUACAAUUGCGAGUAUUCGUAAUGCUGAAAAAUCAGCUACACUGUUAAAAACACUCGACAAAUUAGGAACUUGCAUAUCUACUGGCUUGAAAAAAAAAAUUGCUGAUGCUGAUAUUACCUAUGAAGAUUUAAUCAACACUUUUCGUGAUGAUGGGGAUGCAGGAAUAAAAAAAUUAUUAGGAAAAGAUGAAAAUGACAAAGUUCGUGUUACUAAAACUAAAACAAUUAUUGAAAAUUUGUUAAAUCAUUUAAGAACCAAAGGUUUAUAA